AUGUUUCGCAGAGAACAGCCUAUCUACGAGUCGUCCAGAGAGCACUGUGAAAGGGAUUUGGUCAAUGAGGUGCAACUUCUCACCUUUGAUGUGAGCCAUCGAUAUGUUUUGCUUGUGGAAAACGGUCCUGAUGAAUGGAGGCUUCCGGGAUUUCUUUCUGACAAAGUAGAUGCCACCCCGAUACCGGGUAUGUGCAGCACUGCUAAGACAGUCGUUGGUAUAGACUUUCCGUUCAAUGUUCAUCGACAGUACCACACUGUCCUGAGGUAGGAGUUGCUAUCUUGAUAUUCUUGUCGUUUCCGCCCUUUCCCACUCGUAUGCCAACAUUCUUCUUCUGCCUACAUCAUGAACAUGGUGGCCUUGAUGUGCAAAGUCUGCGGUCGCAUUGAGCCAUUGGAGAAUCUUUCUACGCGCACUGGGACAGAGAAAAAGAAAGAUCAUGUGAAGAAAUAUCACAAGACCGACGGAAAGAAGGCCACCGACUGCUAGGAUUGGAAGAGAUGUCCAUCUACAGCGAACAGCCUAUCGACGAGUCGUCCAGAGCACGCUGUGAAAGAGAUCUGGUCAAUGAGGUGCUACUUCUCACCUUUGACGUGAUCGGCGUCGGCGGCAUUCGUUCCGUCAGUCUUGUGAUAUUUCCGCACAUGAUUUUCUACUGCUGUGUCGCAGCGCGCGUAGAAGACUGACUUUCCAAUGGCACAGUGCGACCGAAGACUUUGCACAUCACGGCCAUCGUGCUCUGUCUGCUACGAAUCCGGUGACAGCGGUGCAGUGUGCGUAUGUCCCGUUAUCAGAAGAUGGAUUAGCGUUUCAUAAAGCCGGGUGAUGCAUGCAGAACGGGAACCGAACACUUCCAUGCCUCUACUGUCGUCCUAACCAUGAUGCUCCCCCCAAAACUUUCGCACUUUCUUUUGUGCUCAUUAUGAAGCGCAUACAGCUGAUGCCAACUUCAGAGCCGCUCGUCACAGACUACAACGUCGUGCACGUUGACUCAGCCCAAAAAUAUGUGGUCACCCUUUCCUUCUUCGGUCAUAACAGCAAGAAACAAACACUUUCCUCUAGGCACUGAAGGGCGUCUUCUCGUAGAGCACCGUCUUCCGCUUCCCUAGCCAUGUCCAAGUAUCUAUAUGCUCGCACGAGCGACGCAAGAUCGGAUACUUUCUUCGUCAACCUAAACAAUCCGUCAAUGUCAUCUAUGUCCAUUUCUUGUGCAUAGACCUCCAGCAACUCCCGGUUGCACCGGUGCACAUCAAACAAAGGAUGGCUUUCGAAAGAGUUUGUCAAAGUCAAAAACCAGAACCCUGGACCCUCAUCGGCGCUCUUCCUGGUUAGGUUCCCUUCCAACGUGUCAUUACGUAUCAAACAGGUAGGCAUUUCCAAAUCAAUAAGUUCCGUCAGAUCAUUUUGCAG